AUGGGCUUGUUCAACUCGGCCCUGGGGAAGAACAUCACUUUUGUGCACCCUGCAUAUUUCAUAAUCAGCGGGCUCUCUGGCAUCCCGAAUGUAAAGCAUUACUAUGUCUUCCUCUUCUUUGUGUACAUAGUCUCCGUGCUGGGAAACGCGGCCGUGAUGGCCGUGAUAUGCUUGGAUCACAAUCUGAAAACGCCGAAGUACAUCGCGGUGUUCAACCUGGCCUUCGUGGACCUGUUCGGUAACACGGCCCUGGUGCCGAAGGUCCUCGACAUCUUCCUGUUCAACCACCACCACGUCCCGUUCAACGACUGCCUCACCUUCCUCUUCUUCUGCUACACCAGCCUCUGCAUGCAGUCGUUCAAUCUGGUCGCGCUCUCCUACGACAGACUCAUCGCCAUCAUUUUCCCGCUGCACUAUCAAGUGAGGGUGACGCACAGGUUCAUGCUGUACAUGAUCGGCUCUUUCUGGGCCUUUGCCGUGACCGCCGUGCUCAUCGCCGUCGGCCUCAUCACCAGACUCUCCUUCUGCGGGUCCGUGGUGGUCAACAGCUACUUCUGUGACCACGGCCAGAUAUACCGGCUUUCGUGCAACGACCACUUCCCCAAUUACGUCCUCAGCUGUCUGUACCCGGUUCUCAUCUUCUGGCUGCCGCUCGCUUUCAUCCUGUUAACUUACCUCUACAUCGGCUGCACUCUGGCUAAAGUGGCCACGGUCCAACAGGGACUCAAGGCCUUCAAGACCUGCAUAGGUCACCUGUCGUUGGUGGCGGUCUACUUCAUCCCACUGUUAAUCACGUUCACCUUGAUGGAAAACAUACAUGCGAAUGCCAGGAUCAUCAACCUGUCCCUGACCUCCGUCUUCCCCCCCAUGCUGAACCCAAUCGUCUACGUGCUGCAGACGCAAGAAAUCAAGGAGUCUUUGAAACGGUUAUUUAAAAUCAGAGGUAAAUCCAAAAGAAUAACGGCAAUGUGACCAUUUAUAGUUGGUGCUGUGCCUCUGAGUGUUUGGUUCGCUGUAGAUUGAGUAAUUGAGCAUGACACGUUUGAAGAAGAGUAACAUUAUCAUAACCAAUGUUAACAUGUGGUAGAUAUUUUGAAUGUUUUCUUUUAUUUUUUGACCUCAAUAAACCCUUUUUUUUACAGAUGUCGGCAUAAAAAAACUCCUAUGUAUGAGACCAAGACUAUUUCUGUGUUUGAUGAAAGCUGCAUCUGAGAAGCGGUUUCAAAGGAAAACAGUUUAUAAUGUUUUCAUUGGGAUGAUUAAAGAUGAAAUCCAGAUGCAAUGUGUUUAUCUGGAUGUUUAUUUUCAUUUUUUUAAUGAAAAAUCAAAACCAUAAAAUGAAGAUGCAUUUUUUUUUAUUAUUUCUGUAAUCAGUGAUUAUUUGACUUUUCCCUUCCCCCCUCUUAUUUUUUAAAUUACAGAUG